CUGCUCGACACCAACGUGGUUUCCGAACUCCGAAAAAAGAGGCCCGAUCAUUACGUCAAAGCGUGGUCGGACGCGCAAGCCGCAGACAGCCUAUUUCUCAGCAGCAUCACCCUCGCCGAGAUUCGGUAUGGCAUCGAAAGGCAGCCUGACGCCGCGUUUCGCAACGAGCUUACGAGUUGGCUCGACCAUCAGCUGCGACCGUGGUUUACCGGGCGCAUCCUGCCCGUGGAUGAGGCCGUCAUCCUGGAGUGGCGCCGGAUGGCGGCGCGGGGCCGGGAACAUUCGAUUACGUUCAGUCAGCCUGAUCUCUUCAUUGCGGCCACCGCGCGUGUGCAUUCCCUCGUUGUCUGCACCCGAAACGAGACUGACUUUCGCAUGGCGGAUGUCCCCGUCUUCAAUCCGUGGAAGGGUGAUUACCACCGGCGACGUGAGACAUUAUCCGCAGUCCGCCCGGCUCGUGACGAUGGUUUGUCCCUGAGCACCCAUGCCGCCAUCGGACACUUGCCAAUCAUGAUGAUCGACAUACUCGUAAACGGCGAUAAGCGCACCAUUCCAGAGGCAAGUACCGUGCGCAGCCUGCUCGAAGCAUUGGGCGUGGCCGAGCGGCAAGGAACCGCGGUGGCCGUGAACAUGACGGUCGUGCCGCGCCGGGCCCACGCGGACACCGUCUUGCAGGCGGGCGACCGCGUCGAGAUCGUGCAGGCUGUCGGCGGCGGAUAG